GGAAAGACUGGUUUCGGUGCCACCGAGCACACACGUGUAGCGCCACCUCAAACCCAUAUGCCACAACAUCCCUCCCUCCUCCCUUACUCACGCAAUUGUGUUAAUACCAGCUGCAUGAUCCUUGCCACUGACGCAGGCAUCGAACACGAUGACACAGUGAGUUGGCUGAUGAUGGCGAUGGAGGUCUACGUUGUGUCACUUAGGCAUGCCCUUGAGGUCAGCACUGUAUCAACAGACUUCGCGCCUGUUCUCCAUAUGGUAUCAGGCACGGCCAUUGUAUGA